AUGAAGUAUGAAGUUACUGCUAUAGGACUCGAGGUCAUUAACACCUACAAUGGAGCUGGUAAAAACUUCGAGACUACUCCUACUCCUUGA